AAGUAUCUUAAUAGUGGUUACCAAGGGAGAUAUACGGGAAGACGACGCUAUACCAGUAACAAAAAAAUAGACGCGUAUGUUUGAUUAGGACGAGUUGUUUUAUUUAUUCUUGAUUGUGGUGUAAGGUCGAAGGACCGAAGAUGCUAGGAACGAAAGCAGCAACGUCGAUUGGUCCUGAAGGAUGGAGGAAUUCAACUUUGAAAGGGAUAAAAUUGUCACAAACAAUAGUACAAAAAAGUGACAAAAAUUGUGAUAUUGGACGUUCAAUGGACCCACUCCCACAAUUAAGGGAUACAGUCGCCCAAUUAAGCAACGAAGAAAUUCACCGUUAUACACGUGAAGUUAGAGGUGUUGUCGCAAAACUCAGAGAGAGUCUUUUGGAAACAAAUGAAGAAAUAAAAUCACUUACUAGAGGUAAAGAACAAUUGGAAAAGGCUUUAGAACAUACCAGGAAAGACAUUCAGUUGAACAAAGACAGUCAGGAAAAUCGUCUUUCAAGGCCAACUAAAGAGAGGGAACAUGAUGGUGCGGAUGACUUGUUGAGUGCAGAAAGGUCACAUCUUCUCAACUGUAAAAAAGCCCUGGAGGCUCAGCUGAAAUCUGUACAGCAACAACUUCAUGUAUUAGAUCAGGCAAGGAAGAGGUUAUUUAAUGUUCUACAGGAGCGAUCUAGAGUCCUUGACCUUUUGUGUCAUGCUCUCUCAUCCAUUGCAAACAGUGCUAAACAUAGUGCACGUCUUUCCCGCAGCCGUACAUCACUGGAUGGACGACUCUCUCGAUUUGGUCCAUCUGUCACAGAUCCUCUUGGAUCUUAUACACCAGAGACUGAUCAAGCUUUGGCAGAUGCAUAUGAUGCUCGAAACAGGUCGGCAUAUCUCCGUAGAGAACUUAAAGAUGCAAUUGAAAGAACAGAUAAACUCACCAAGGCUGCACAUAAAUCUGUCAAUGAUGGAAUGACACAGAAAUUUUCAGAAACAGUUACAUUAAAGCAACAUUUGACAGUGAGCCACGGAGAGAAUAGACAUGCGAUACAGAGGGCACAAAGAUGGUACGAUGCUACAGAUAGAGCUAGAGGUUACUCUAUGGGCCCAGUUAUGAGUGCUGACUUGUCAACAAGAGAGAGGCUUGACCGGCCAAUGGUACGAGUGUUCCAGCGUCAUCCAGGCACACAGUUACCUGAGGCACAGCAAAUCAUCGAGGGUGGAGAUGGAUUAUUACAAUCACUUACUGCCACAAGUAGAAACAUUGGUCUUCUUAAACUAGCCAGUCUACGCCUUGAUGAUGAUAUACGAAGCAAGAGUGCGGCCGCAUCAAUUGAUGGUGGUAUUAUACGCCUCCGUAGACGCAAGUCUGAUCACAGAUGGACUCUCGGUGCUGCGUUCUAGCAGUAUAGGCAACUCUGAAAAAACUUUUUUUGUAUUAUAAAACAAGUAUUAUAUUGUUAUCUUGCACUUGAUGAAAUCAAAAUGUGGUUGUUUUUAUACAUUUCAUGUGAAUCUGCACGCUUUCUGCAUUAAAUAUUUAUAGAGGUAA